AUGAACAAUAAAAGAUUAAUAGAACUAUCAAUAAAAAAAGAGCAUAACAAAUAUGAGGUUGAGAUUUGUCAUCAACGAGACAGUGAGGAUUCUUACAAUAUUCCAACGCCUACAUUUUCAGAAGACAAUUCAGAAAUAUGGGGCUGUACAACAUGUUCAAAAGAAUUCUAUGAUUUGGUGUCAUAUAACAAUCAUCUUGUAAAAUGCAAUAUACAGGUGACAGAAAUUCAGAAACAAAAUGGAGCGGUAGACAAAAAGACUUUCUUAUGCGACAUAUGUGGCAAAACGGCUAGAUCAAAUGCGAAUCUUUUAGUUCAUAUGGGCAUCCAUGAGAACGUUUUCCCUUUUAAAUGCGAUUCGUGCCCUUACCAAGGUCGAACAAUGGACUUACUGAAGGUUCAUAAGAGAUCACAUCUAAUAGACAAACCUUACAAAUGUACCCACUGUCCCAAAGCGACAACCACCUCGAGUAAUCUGGCGAAACAUAUGCGGCAUGUACACAGCACUAAUAGGCCCUACAAGUGCACUUACUGCGAAAAAGCAUUUUCUUAUCAACAUGACAUGAAGAGGCAUGUAAAGGAUAUUCAUUUGAGACAAGGCACAGUCGAAUGCGAUGUUUGCUUCAAAAAAUUCAAUACAAAGAAAAUCCUGCAAGGGCAUCGGUGGAAGAUCCAUAAAAUCAAAGGCGAGAGACACGGUCGCCUGCCCUCGUAUUUGCAAUGCCAAGUAGACGAGCCGAAUGGCAACGCUCCUAAUUGCGAUUCCGCAUUU